GAGAUACUCUCGAGUUAGAAAAGAAGAAAACCAUGAGAAGGAUCAUGAUGAUGAUGUGAGAAAAUCCAUUUGGAAGAAGAAGAAGAGAAAAGAGAGAAAAAUGAAAACCUUUACCUUUUUAUUACCUGUGACAAGUUAACCUCUUUUUCUCCAUCACCCUAAUCAUCAUCAUCGUAAUUAAUAUUAUUCAUUCUUUGGUGUUUUACUUUUUUCUCUCUGUUAAUUUGUUAUUUUCUUCAUCUUUACUAACGGUUACCAAGAACAACUAUUACACCAAUAUAACCAUAAACCACCAUCACCAGUGGAGGAGGAAAGUGAAUCCAUUGUAUCCAAAUAACAGUUACAUUCUCAACAAUAACAGUUCAUCAUCUGUGUGUGUUUUCUGGUUAAAACACAAAUUCCCUCUUUUUCAAUAUUCUAUUCUCUUUUUUUGUAUCCAAAUUCUAUUCUCCUGUUGGGUUUUCUUCGUUUUCUUUCCCUUUCCCUUUCCUUUAUUCCCUUUACCUUAUUUUUUUUCUAUUCUACUCUUACCUCAUCUUGUCUCUUUUUUUUCUUCUUCCUUCUAUUUUUCUUUCUCUCUCUCUCUCUGUGUGUGUUAACCCUUUUCUUCUUCUCUUCUGGUGUUUUCUCUUUCCCUGGAUUUUUCUUUACUUUCUUUCUGGUUUGUUCUUGUUUUCUAUUUUGUUUGUGAGAGAGAAAUUUUUAUUCUAUUGACCAAAUGACCAAAGCCUUGGAGUUUGACUGGUCAAGACCAGUUCCUGAAGCCCUGACCAGUGGAUGUUAUUUUGAUAUGUGGGAAGAGGAAAAGGGUGAAAUAGUUGUUGAAACUGGAGCCUUAUUUCGUGUCGAUGAGUAUGGAUUUUUUAUCUACUGGAAAUCAGAAGGUAAAGAGGGUCAAGCAUUAGAAUUGUGCCAAGUUAAUGAUAUCAGGGAAGGUGGGGUUCCAAAAAAUCCGUCUCUCCAUUCCGAGUUGACCUCUCGAGUCUCCUCACAAUACAAUUUGGACCAGGUUAGUUUAACCAUUUGCUCUGGAACCGAUAUGGUAAACAUCAAUUAUACUCAUGUUGUCACACCGGAUCCAGAAACAGCAUCAACCUGGAAAUCAGGAUUACGUUCAAUUACAAAUAACAAUAAAGCCAAUAAUGUUUGCCCUCGAACCUGUUUACAAAAACAUUGGAUGAAAUUAGGUUUUCUGGUUGAUGUUAACUCAAAGAUACCGGUACGAUCGGUAUCCAAAACCUUUGCCUCCGGUAAAACGGAAAAAUAUAUUUACCAAUGUAUGAAAGAGGUUGGAUUACCUCAUGAAAAGAAUGAUUUUAUCGAACCAAGUGAAUGGACCUUUGACCGUUUCUACAAAUUGUACCAUAAAAUAUGUCCAAGAAACGAUAUCGAAGAACUAUUCAAUUCAAUAACCCAAGGAAAAGCUGAACACAUUAGUUUCCGUCAAUUGGUUGAUUUUCUUAACGAUAAACAACGAGAUCCACGAUUAAAUGAAAUACUUUACCCUCUAUACGAUGAGAAACGUGCCCGUGAAAUUAUAUCAACCUACGAACCCGAUACAAACCUUUCGUCGGAGGGUAAAAUAUCCCAGGAUGGCCUUAUACGUUAUUUAAUGUCCGAUGAAAAUGCUCCCGUUUUCCUUGAUCGUUUAGAUUUUUACAUGGACAUGGAUCAACCACUUGCUCAUUAUUAUAUCAAUUCAUCUCAUAACACAUACCUGACCGGUCGACAAUUUGGUGGUAAAUCGUCCGUUGAAAUGUACCGACAGGUUCUAUUAGCGGGCUGCCGUUGUAUCGAACUCGAUUGUUGGGAUGGUAAAAGUGAAGAUCAAGAACCAAUAAUUACCCACGGAAAAGCGAUGUGCACAGAUAUCCUUUUUAAAGAUGUGAUAUAUGCCAUUCGUGACACUGCUUUCGUUACAUCUGAAUAUCCUAUUAUACUUUCCUUUGAGAACCACUGUUCAAAAAAGCAACAAUACAAAUUAGCCAAAUACUGUGAUGAAAUUCUGGGCGAUCUCCUUCUUAAAGAGCCUUUACCGUCUUAUCCUCUUGACAAUACUGUUCCUUUACCGACUCCCAAUGAUCUUAAGAGGAAAAUUUUAAUAAAAAAUAAGCGACUUAAACCAGAGAUGGAAAAAAUUGAACUUGAAUUAUGGAAAAAAGGUCAAUUACAAGCUGAUGAUGACGAUGAACAAGAAGAUCCAAAUGCAGUUCCAAGUGAAGUGGAUUUAGAUAAAAAAGAAGUGCCUCCGGAGCAAUUAGCUCUACAAAAUUAUCAAUACACUGGAGCAACAGUCCAUGUCCAUCCAUAUUUAUCGUCGUUAGUUAAUUACACGCAGCCCAUUAAAUUUCAAGGCUUCGAAACUGCCGAAGAAUCAAAUAUCCAUUAUCAUAUGUCCUCUUUCGCGGAAACCGCUGCACUGGGUUAUCUUAAAUCUCAGGCCAUUGAGUUUGUCAACUAUAAUAAGCGACAAUUAUCUCGAAUCUAUCCAAAGGGAACCCGUGCCGAUUCAUCCAAUUAUUUACCUCAAAUCUUUUGGAACGCAGGCUGUCAAAUGGUCGCCCUUAAUUUUCAAACUUCCGAUCUUCCCAUGCAAUUGAAUCAGGGUAAAUUUGAAUACAAUGGUGGCUGUGGCUACUUAUUGAAACCCGAUUUCAUGAGGCGUAAAGAUCGUACCUUUGAUCCUUUCGCUGAAUCUCCGGUAGAUGGUGUUAUUGCCGCUCAGUGUUCAGUUCGAGUUAUCUCGGGCCAAUUUUUAUCCGAUAAAAAGGUUGGAACUUAUGUAGAGGUUGAUAUGUAUGGUCUACCAACAGAUACCAUUCGAAAAGAGUUUCGAACUCGAAUGGUACCAAAUAAUGGUCUGAAUCCGGUCUACAAUGAGGAGCCUUUUGUUUUCCGUAAAGUGGUUCUACCCGAUCUUGCUGUGAUACGAAUAGGUGUUUAUGAUGAAAAUGGUAAAAUGUUAGGUCAACGGAUACUGCCCAUGGAUGGCCUGCAGGCGGGUUAUCGUCAUAUAUCACUUCGAACCGAAGGUAACUUUCCAAUGUCCUUGCCUAUGUUGUUUAUCUGUAUUGAGCUUAAAAUUUAUGUUCCCGAUGGACUUGGUGAUCUAAUGGAUGCUUUGUCCGAUCCUCGAGCCUUCCUUUCAGCCCAAGAGAAACGAAUGGCCCAAAUGAAGGCAAUGGGCAUCGAGGAGACGGACAUUCAAACAACCCAAGCAGUGACCGUUUCGGACAAGAAGAGAGAGGAAAAAGAGAAAGCUGAAGAAUUUCAAAUGAAACCAAUAUCAUUGGAAAAUCUGAGAAAUGAUAAGAUUUACCUGAAGAUGGUUAAGAAACAAGAUAAGAUGAUUGAAAGUUUACGCAAAAAGCAUCACAAGGAAAAACAGGGUAUCCAAAAGAUUCAAUGUUCCGCUGUGGAUAAAAUAGUUAAACAGAAUGGUAAAAAUAAUCAUGACCUAGCCAAUGACCCUGUAAUCAAAGACAUGGUCAUCGAUCAAACCAAACAAUGGUCCGAGAUGGUUGAGAGACAUCGUAAAGAAGAGUUAGAAUUGAUGAAAGAAAAUAGGAAACAAUUAGGUGAUUGCCUGGAGAAAUUGUUAGUUGCUGCUCAAACCAAUCAGAUGAAACAAUUGGAGGUUAAAUUUGAACGAGAAAACAAGGAGAUGAAAACACGUCAGGCCAAAGUUUCCGUUGAAACGGCAAAAGAGGUUGCUCAAGAUCGAACCCUUCGGAAUAAAGCAGAAAGAGAAAGACGCUUGAGGGAGAAAAAUUCCAACAAUACGAAAAAGUUUAUCGAAGAGCGUAAAAGUGCCGCCAUGAGACAGAAUAAGGAAAAAGAGAAGUUGAAAAAACUCCAUGAGAAACAGUUGAUUGAUCUUUCAAAAGAGAUGGAAAAUGAGCUCGAAAUGUACGAUAACGUGGAGACAGAAUCCAAGUUAGCAUCGAAAAUGGAAUGUUUCAUUUAAACAAUUCAGAAUCUCUCUCUCUCUCUCUCAUCAUCUCUUAUCUUCAUCAUCUUCAUGACUUAUCAUCUAUACCAUAAUCAUCACUGUUAUAAAAUUUGUUAUCACAUCUCACCUUUAAUUUUUUCUUCUUCUCCUGUUAAUCAUGAUGAUAAUUCACACAAUUUAUUAACACUUUAAAUUCACUUAUUGUUUUAGAGUUGAAACUUGAUGAAAGUUAAUUCACCAAAUCUUGAUUAGGAUUAAUUAUCACACUCUUAACUCAAGACUAAUCUUCCAACAGUUAAUUGUUAUAUCAAUAAUUUACUAUUAAUCUUGAAAUCAUCUGAUAAUCAUUAACAUUGUUGAGCAAUUAUGUACAAAUCUAAAUUAAUAUACUAUAACUUAUAAUGUUAUUGAUUGAGAAAAACAAAAAGUCAAACUGAAAAAGUAUUAAUCAAAUGAAUCCACUAAACAAAUUAACACUGAACAAUUAAUUUAUUAUUGUUAAUUACUCCAAUAUCUAAUAUAUACACACAUACACAAAGAUAUUAAUAUAUUUUGAAUGAGCUGAAAAAAUUUACUUAAACAAAAAUCAAAUGAAAUGAUUAACAAUUAUAAUAAUAAUCAAGAUGAUUUCAUGAUAAUAUUGUAAAUUGUUUAUAUACAAUUAACCUAAUCACCUACUCCAAGUGAUAUGCAAUUAAAAGCAAAGCUGAUUAAUUAGCAAACAUUUAACCAAUCACAAUUUAACUAAUAUGAGACAACAAGAUGAAAAAAUGAUAGAUAAUGUCAACAAUUAAUUGUCAAAUUGUUGUUGUUAUUGUUGAGCAUUGAAUUUAGCCUGAGGGUUAAAUUGAAACAAUCUCGAUGACAACAAUUUAUUUAACUGAUAUUCAUAUUGGUAACAAUUUAGAUGAACAAUUUGUUUACAUUAUUUAUCAUUUAAUUAAUCAGAAACCAGAGAAACAACAAAAAUCAAUCAACUCUUGGCAGUUUUUAUCAUCGUUACAAUUAACAAAUCAAACUGCCAAUUAAAAAUUCAAAUAAUAACAAUUAAAAAAAACCAAAGUGUACAAACUUUUAAUUGAUAAUGUUGAUUAUCAUUUGGAUUAUAACAAUUAACUAAACACUUACAACAACAAGAAACUUUGAUUAAUGAUAAUUAUGAUAUGUUAUUAAGUUUAUUUUCUUACAAUCACAAUUUAAAAUGCUGUUGAUUAAAUUAAAUCACUAAUUAAACAAUGAAAAAAAAAAUUAAGCCCUUUAACCAACACAAUUUGAUUGAUUGUUGGAAUUGAAAAAUAUUUGUGCAUUAAUUGUGAUUAACUUUGAUUGUUAUUAAAAACAAAACAAAACAUUGGUUAAACCUGUGAAAUAAUUAAUUUAAUUGUUACCCAAAGACAAUCAAACCACCAUUUUUAUUGUUACAAUUAAACUAAUCGUAUGCAUUGAUUAUGAUAACAAUUAGGUAACAGCCUAAGGCGAUAAAUUUUUCAAUGUUUACUGAAUAAUUUAUUGUUUUUUUUUGUUUUCUAUUCAAUCAUUUAAUUUAGUUUAAUUGCUCGAGGCAGUUUUAAUUGUCUCUUGAUUUGUUACCAUCACUGGAUAAACAAGAAAUUGAACAACAAACAACAAAAAAAAUCAACUAAAUUGUUACGAUUUAAUCCAACUAAUUGUUCAACAGAUUAAGUGAAAUUUAAUCUAAUUAAAUUGAUUCUUAAUUUGUUUCCAUUAAUUGUUGAUCAUUCAUCAAUCAGUAACAUCAAUUAUUAGUUUUAUUGAUUGUAAAUUUUAUUGAAAACAAAUGAUUAUUAAUCAUGAUUAACAUAUGAUUUGUUGAUUGUUUCCCUUAAAUUGAAAUUUAAUUGUAACUAAAUUAACUAAUCACAAAUGUACAACCUGUAAUUAUGAAUAUAUAUUAUACUGAGCACUUAGCACAAAGCAAAUGAUUAACUAACAAUUAACACAAUCAUAAAUUAAAUUUUUGUUACCUUCACACUUACACAAUUAACUGAAUACAAUUGGCAAGAAAGUAUUAUAACAAUUAAUAAAAAAACGUUUCAUUUAUAAAACUAA